AUGUUCGGGAAUCCUCACGAAGAGUACUUCAAGAAGGAAUGGGAUUCCCACUGGCAGGCUGUCGAUGAACUACUUGCGCGCCCUUGGUGGGGCCGGACCUGGAUCGUACAGGAGGUAUGGUGUGCUUCAAACGCAGUGCUUUACUGUGGUGCUACGAAGCUCAAGUGGAAGAAUUUCCAGAAGGCCAUGGACUAUGCUGAGGGAUGGGACGAUAUGGGGGACCAUGUAAAAGGCACGGGAAGGCAGUCGCAAUGGGAGACCUUGCGGCGGCGGUAUACGUUAGCGAUACAUCUUGCUAAAGCCAGAGUCAAUGGCAGUACGCUAUCGUCACUACUCUGGAACAUCUGGGAUCGCGCAUCGACCGAUCCAAGGGAUAAGGUGUUUGCUGUAUUGGGUCUGGUUGGUGAAACCAAAGAUGGGUAUCCCACCAUGGCACCAGACUAUCGGAAGUCGAUGGAACAGGUGUAUCGAGAGAUUGCGCGAGAGAUUAUAAUCAAGGAAGGUCGAAUGGACAUCCUACUUGCGGCAAGCGGUGUCAAUAGUAACGCCGAAUUACCAUCGUGGGUGCCGGAUUGGCGAAGCGAGGCUACCACGGGAAGGCCAAUAUUGCUGGUCAACCGCAGACUCUUGAUGAAACUCGCAUACUCUGGAUCCAUGGAUAUGGCCAUAUUAAAAGGGCAUGGAUACCUUGCGGCUGGCAAUUCGGAGGCGUUCGCUCUGUUCAGCGACGACCUGAGGGCACUUACGGUAUUGAGUAAGAAGUGGGACAGUAUUGCGGAAGUUUGCGAUGCAGACAUCACUGCGACGAGCAACGAUGAAUUCAUGGAUCAGAUUUGUGAGUUCAUUCUCCGAUCGAAGUUCAUAUCUAGCAGGAGACGACGGAGGGAGUUGACCAGAAGAGAGCACGCCACCGAUUCUCAAGAAACAUCCAUGCUGAUGGCCACACUCACUGGUGGAGGAAGAAUAUGGCAUGACGAGUACGCACCCACCAUGCGAAACGUGAUGCGGCAACGUCGGCUUUUCAUAACAAAGAAUGGGCAUAUUGGGAUCGGACUAGUAGACGCUCAGCCUCACGAUGUGGUCUUUAUCAUCUCUGGCUGCAAUUUUCCGAUAACACUUCGACCACGGGAAGAUAUGUUCGGCGUCGUUGGCGAAGCCUACAUUCACGGAUAUAUGAACGGUGAAGCUUUGGCUCGUCCAUGGUACAAAAGAUGGAUGCGAGUCUGGAAGAAGAUCACACUAGUCUAA